AUGGGAUGCAAUUUAUCACAGCAGCAUGAUUACCACAGCGACAGACCUUCACAACCGCGGUCAUCGAAAACAAGUCAUGAAUCAUCAAAUAAAAUAAAAAGUUAUGAUUUGUCUAAUUUAGCUGUUAUUACAAUUAUUUUUAAUCCCGUCAAAUUCAAAAGUCGUUAUGAACAUUAUCAAAAUUUUGCAGCACAUAUGAAUCAAUCCGGUGUACAAUUGAUAACUGUUGAAUGUAUAUUCGAGUCAACGACACGUUUUGGUUUACCUCCACAGACUUUUGAAGUAACUCGUGCCGAUAAUCGUUAUCAUGUUCAACUUGUUGCUCCAUGUAUUUUAUGGAUGAAAGAGAAUUUAAUUAACAUAGCUGUUCAACGAUUACCACCGCAAUUUGAAUAUGUUGCAUGGAUCGAUGCUGACAUUGAAUUUGAUAGUCUUGAUUGGCCAUAUCUAACUAUUGCUGAAUUGCAACGUUAUCCAAUUGUACAACUUUUUGAAUUGUCAUUUUUUCUUGGACCUAUGGGAAAAAAAGAAAUAUUACGUCGUGAUUAUUCAUUUGUGUACUCGAUAAGAAACAAGAAACCGAUUGAUCCAAGACGAUAUAAUGAAUGGUAUCCUCAUCCAGGUUAUGCUUGGGCUAUGCGUCGUUCAGCUUUUAAUUCAAUUCGAGGUCUCAUUGAUUUUUGCAUUGUUGGAUCAGCUGAUUUACAUUUCGCUUUUGCACUUUUAAAUCGUAUUGAAGAAACAGUUCCACCAGGUUUACAUGAAGAUUACCAUGAAUUAGCUGUAAGAUGGGGAAAACCAGUGGCACAACUAGCUCAGAAUGGUGAAAAUGUUAGCUACUUACCGAUUAACAUAUGGCACUUUUGGCAUGGAGAACGAAAUAACAGAAACUAUGUUAAUAGAUGGGCCAUUCUUAAAAAACAUCAAUAUUCACCGAUCAAUGAUCUCGAAAAAAACGAUGAUACUGACCUUGUUCGUCUACCUGGCAAAAAUCCUUUAGGACAUCGCCAAGAAAACUCACGUAUAGAAGCGAUUGAGCGUGAUAUUGUUGACUAUUUUAAAUCACGUAAUGAAGAUGAUACUAAUACAAUACAUACUCCUGUGCAGCCUCAACCUAAUGUUAAGAAACAAUCUUUCAUAGCAACAAAACCUCAAGUUAAACGUGGAGGUAAUAGUGAUCAUAUUAGGCCUGGAAUAAUUCCACCAAAACAUUCACAAGGCGGUACUAGAUCUCGUAACCGGUCUCCAAGUCCCCCGGAUAAUGAUAUCGAUGAUGACAACACAUAUGUAGAUGAUGGUGCUGAUCCUGAAGAUGAUCAUCAUUCUGAAAAUAACGAUUCUUCAUGCUUAGAUCAUUAUUCAGAUAAUGAACACUGUGGAAAUGUAUCAGAACAUGAACACCACCAUCAUUAUCAUCACGAAGAUUGUAGCAAUGUUGGUCAUAGCGGUUACAAUAAUUGCAAUUCACAUGUUGGAGAUGGAUUCGAUAAUACAGAUUAUGAUACUGCUGGAAUCUUUUACUAA